AUGGGUGCCAGUGAUAUAGCUCCACCGGAGCGUAAACAAUGGGCGAAUCCUGUUGAAUUCUUUUUAACAUUGGUCGCAUUUGCUGUUGGCUUAGGGAAUGUUUGGCGUUUUCCAUAUCUUUGUUUUAAAAAUGGAGGAGGUGCAUUUCUUAUUCCAUAUACGUUUAUGCUUAUCUUUAUUGGUGCUCCUGUCUUCUAUCUUGAAUUAACAUUGGGACAAUUUACUAGUGCUGGUCCACUUGUUGUAUGGAAAGUUAAUCCAUUAUUACGAGGUAUUGGUUAUGCAUCAUUAGCAACAAAUUGUUUUUUAGCACUUUAUUAUAAUGUAUUGAUUGCUUAUUGUUUCUAUUAUUUAAUUUCAUCCUUUCAACUUAUUGUUCCAUGGUCAACAUGUGGUAACUGGUGGAAUACAGCAUUAUGUACUGAUCAAAAAGCAUUAGCAAAUCUGUCUCGAACUGAUCUUAACUUAAUGAAAAAUAUGACAAGUUCACCAAGUGAAGAAUAUUUCUAUCGUGGAGUACUUCAGAUUAGCAGUGGAGUAGAAAAUCUUGAUGGUAUUGUUACUCAUUUAGCUGUAGCUUUAGCAGUUGCUUGGCUUAUUUGCUUUUUGGCAUUAUCGAAAGGUGUCCAAUCAUUAGGCAAAAUUGCAUAUUUUACGGCUUUAUUUCCUUAUGUAAUGUUAACUGUUUUAAUUAUUCGUGGAGCAACAUUAAGUGGUGCUAUGGAAGGUGUUAAAUUUUAUAUGGGAACAGUAAAUUUAAGUGUACUUAAAAGUCCAUCUGUAUGGAAAGAAGCAUGUACACAAGUUUUUUAUGCAUUAAGUUGUUGUAGUGGUGGUCUUAUUGCUAUGGCAUCAUUCAAUGAUUUUAAUAAUAAUGUUUAUCGUGAUACAUUGUCUAUUUGUUUGGUUACAUGGUUUACAAGUAUUUUUGGUGGUUUUGCAAUUUUUACUGUACUUGGUCAUAUGGCAACUAAAAUGGGAGUUAGUGUUGCUGAGGUAGCUAAAGGAGGUCCUGGUCUGGCAUUUGUUGUCUUUCCUGAAGGUUUAGCAAUGAUGCCAUUUGCACCUUUAUGGUGUGUUUUAUUUUUUUUAAUGAUGUGUACACUUGGUUUUGGUUCUGAAUUUUCUAUCAUGGAAACUAUUAUGGCUAGUAUAAUAGAUGAAUUUAAAACACAUUUAAAUACACCGAAAAAAAUAAUUAUCUUUCGAUUUAGUAUAUCAUUUGUGUUUUUUCUUCUUGGUUUAUCUAUGGUUUCACGAGGAGGCUUAUAUAUAUUGAAUAUAAUCGAUCAAUAUCUAGGUGGAUUUCCUUGGUUAGUUAUUGGUGUUGUUGAAUUAUUUUGUAUUGCAUGGGUUUAUGGUGUUGAUAAUUUUUGUGAUGAUAUUGCAAUAAUGUUAGGUGAAAAACGACGUCCAGGCAUAUUUUGGAGAAUCUGUUGGCAAUAUAUUUCACCACUAAUUCUUCUUUUUACCAUUCUCUUUUCCUCGCUAUUCUAUCAAGAAGUAACACUUGAUGAUUAUAUUUAUCCACCAUGGGCCCUUGCACUUGGUUGGAUUGUAGUAAUAGCCUGCCUCGGCUGGCUUCCGUGUAUUUCUCUAGUUGAAAUAUGUCGCCGUGGAACAUGGGGUAUUAUUAAAGAAGCUCGUUUGCCAUCUGAUAGAUGGGGUCCAGCUCGAGAAGAACAUCGUCAAUUAUCAAGACGUUAUGCGAAUAAGAAUGAUCCAAAACAACUUAGUAUGCAAACUUUAUCGACAAUUGAUACUGGCGAUACAUUUGAUUUGGAUGCAGCAGCUGUUGAAGUUAUCAAAGCAAGUCCAAAAUUAUAUGUCAAGCGACUUUCAGACGUGUCUACUACACGAUUUUAA